AUGGUGGGAACCCAGAUUGAUCCAAUACAGAUUGACGAGGCUAGAUUUGGCGGAAAAAUAAAAUAUAAUCGAGGUCGGUUACUCAAUGGUGAUCAACCAAUUUCAUCGGAAAACAGUGACGUUGAAGUCGAGAACGGUAGAAACCAUGGACAAAGAGUAGAUGGACCUUGGGUAUUUGGUCUAAAAAAAGGUUCUGACUGCUUAUAUUUUUAUGUACUUCGAAGAGACAAAAAUACAUUACUUCCAAUUAUACAGCGAGAAUAUGAAGCUGGCUCUGUUAUUUACCCUGAUGAGUGGGCGGCUUAUGGAUGA